AUCCAACAAUGGCGGAACCAGUUAUGGUGGAGAAGAAUCAUACGCCUGACACUGAUCCUAGUACUCCAUGCUUCUCUUCUGAAUUCGAUUCCAUCGCAAACCCCCCACCUCCCUUUGCUGAUAAUUUCUACAAUUCUAGCUCCGAUCGAGCUCUAAUUGGGAAACCAAUCUCCGAUCUGAGGUUUUUAAUAGACGGUGACGGUGACUUUGAGUUGAUUUUUGACAGUGUCGACGACCUCUAUUUUCCUUCUGAGAACGAAUCGUUCGUCAUUCCUGUUGGUGCUACGAACGGUGAGAUUUCCGGUGAUUUUACGCCGGUGACGAGAAUUUCAGGCGAUCGUGUGCUUUGCUGCAAUCUGGAAUCGCCGAGGGAUUCCGAUUGCUCCGGUACUGCGCGGAGCUUGAGUUUAUCCUCUCAGGAGUCGGCGAACGGCGUCUCUGAUGUCUCGGAGGCUACAAUUGCGUCGUCUGUAUCAGGAAUCGUGGCGGUCGAUCAGAAGUUUAAGACGGAGGAGGAAGCUUCUACGACAUCCACUAGGAAGAGAAAAAAGGAGAGUGAAGAAGAAACAAGCGAGGAUUCUAGGAACAGUAAGUACAGGAGAUCAGAUGAAGAUGGCGUUGCAAGUAUUGUCACAGGUGGCGAAGAAGAUGAUGAGAAGAGGAACGCGAGACUGAUACGGAACCGUGAAAGUGCUCAGCUCUCGAGACAGAGGAAGAAACAUUACGUAGAGGAGCUAGAAGAAAAGGUUAAGAAUAUGCAUUCCACAAUAACGCAGCUAAAGAGUAAGAUCUCUUACUUUGUGGCUGAGAACGCCACUCUGAGGCAGCAAGUAGGUUCCGGAAGAGGCAUGUGUUGGAAACCGUCGGGAAUGUAUCCACCGUUGGCUCCGAUGCCUUAUCCAUGGAUGCCGUGUCCGGCUUAUAUGGCUAAACCGCAAGGUUCUCAAGUGCCUUUGCUUCCUAUUCCUCGGUUGAAACCACAACAAUCAUCGGUGGCUAAGGUGAAGAAGUCAGAAGGUAAGACCAAGAAGGUUGCUAGUAUUAGUGUUCUUGGUCUUGUGUUUUGUUUGUUUUUGUUUGGUGCAUUGGCUCCGAUUUUGAACUUUAGCUAUGGAGGAACUAGCGGUGUCUUUUAUGGUGAGUAUGAUCGGCUUAGAGGAAGAGCUUUAGAUGUCAGUGGCCACUGUGGGAGAUAUUCUGAUCAAGGAGUGAGAAGAAACGUGUCUGCAACAGUGGACUCUGUGUCUCUUGGGAAUGGUAGUGAACCUCUAGCUGCAUCUCUGUUUGUUCCGAGGAAUGAAAAGCUUGUGAAGAUCGAUGGAAAUUUGAUUAUUCAUUCUGUUUUGGCGAGCGAGAAAGCCAUGGUUUCUGUAACGAAGAAUGAAGGACAAAGCGGUGUAGAACUUACUAAAGGUUUUUCUCCUUCACUGCCUAAGCACCUCUAUAGCGAAAAACAGAAAGGUCUCUCAUCUUCUAACUCUGAUGAUUCUUCGGAAGACCAACUUGAAUCAACCACAGCUAAUGGUAAAAUGCAGCAAUGGUUUCGUGAAGGUGUUGCAGGACCACUGUUCGGUUCGGGGAUGUGCACCGAAGUGUUUCAGUUUGAUGUCUCCUCAACCUCAGGGGUCAUCAUUCCUGCUUCUCCAGCUACGCAACAGCCCAAGAACACCACUGAUUCAUAUAACAGAAAGAAUAACAGAAGAAUCCUCCGUGGUGGUCUUCCAGUAUCCGAUCUUAAUCUAGCCAAAGAUCAAAACAGCUCUAGCAAAGAGAACUUUCGCACAAGUACAACCAAGCCAGACCCAUCAAUGGUUGUAUCGAUGCUUGUUGAUCCCAGAGAAGGCAGUGAUGGAGACACCGAUGGUACAAUGAGAGGAACAAAAUCACUGCCCCGAGUUUUCGUAGUCGUGCUUGUGGACGGUAUGAAGUAUGUAACAUACUCAUGCCUUCUUCCACGACCAGAAGUCCCUCAUCUUGUGACCACUUGACUUGCUCUAUAUAUAAAAUCCACAAGAAGAACGGAGUUUAUACGUUGCAUUCCAGUAGAUUGCCACUUAGUUUUAUCGUCAGCCUGUACUGUUGUUCGAUUCUUGAAUCGAGAUAUAGGAUCCUAACCCUGUAAUCUUUAGAUCUUUGAUAAUCAGAGAAAGUUAUAC